UCUCUCUCUCUCUCGUUCGUUUGAAGUCUUGCACAUUCGUCACAAAACUCCGACCAUGGCGAGGUGCUUUGGCUUUGCCUAUUGCACUUAAUCUCCAGCUUCGUUUAUGAAGACCGUAGAUCAUUUUGUAGCCAGAGAAACGUCACAAAACUCUCCUGGACUUCUUUUCUCUCAGUUUAGCGUCAUUUGGCUCUAAAUUACCACCAAAACGACUGUACUGGGGUUGUGCGUUUUGACUAACCCGUUGCCCGCAGCUGCCCGGAUGCUGCAGUUUCAGAGGGGCGAUCUGGGAGAAUUCAGCAUGGUCAACAUGGUCAGCGCGCGGGCAGCAGCGCUCUGGAUCUGCGUCCAAGUUUCCUCCUGGAGCUCAGUCGCAGCGCAGCAAGUAGACCCUGAGGUGGGGCUCACAGCACAAGAACAGGUUCUCCUACUGUAUGACAUCAAACUCCAGUGUCUCCAGAACAUCUCUGAACACGACCCUGCAGAUGAAGUGUGUGCUCCUGGGUGGGAUGGGCUCAUCUGCUGGCCUCGGGGGUCAUUAGGGACCGUCACUAAAGUGCCAUGCCCCAGCUACGUCUAUGACUUCAAUCACAAUGGCUAUGCGUACCGUAAGUGUGAUGUGAACGGAUCUUGGGUGUUGGUGGAGAACAGAACGUGGGUAAAUUACUCUGAAUGUCUGUGGUUCCUGACACCGGGCAAGGAAAGAGGCAAAAGAGACUUCUUCGAGAGGCUGCACAUCAUGUACACCGUGGGCUAUGCUGUAUCUUUCAGCUCCUUGUUGGUCGCCAUUUUCAUCAUCGGCUACUUCAGGCGUCUUCACUGCACCAGGAACUACAUCCACAUGCACUUGUUUGUGUCCUUCAUGUUACGUGCCAUCAGCAUCUUCGUGAAGGACCGAGUGGUGUACGCCAACGGCGGAGUACAGCAGUAUGAUGCGAUGCUCAUGGAUGACAUAAACACUGUCUCCAUCAGCCCUCUGGACAAGACUCAGUAUGUUGGGUGUAAGAUUACCGUCCUGCUCUUCAUCUACUUCCUCGCAACCAACUAUUACUGGAUAUUGGUGGAAGGACUCUACCUACACAGCCUCAUCUUCAUGGCCUUCUUCUCUGACUCCAAGUACCUCUGGGGCUUCACACUAAUAGGAUGGGGCGUUCCAGCCCUCUUUGUAUCAGCUUGGGCCAUUGUCAGGGCAACGCUGGCAGAUGCACGGUGCUGGGAGCUGAGUGCAGGCAAUAUUAAGUGGAUAUACCAGGUUCCUAUUCUGACAGCAAUCGGACUCAACUUUAUCCUGUUUGUUAAUAUCGUCCGAGUUCUGGCGACAAAGAUCCGGGAGACUAACGCAGGCAGAUACGACACUCGUAAGCAGUACAGGAAGUUGGCUAAAUCCACGCUGGUGUUGGUGCUGGUGUUUGGAGUGCACUAUAUUGUAUUUGUAGGGAUGCCACACACAUUCACUGGCCUGGGCUGGGAGUUGCGCAUGUACUGUGAGCUCUUCUUCAACUCUUUUCAGGGCUUUUUCGUGUCCAUCAUCUACUGCUUCUGCAAUGGAGAGGUGCAGACAGAGAUGCGGAAGAUGUGGCUGCGCUGGACACUAGCAUUCGACUGGAAGGGCCCAUUUGUGCUGGCCAACUACCGCUAUGGGUCAGUGCUGACCAGCUUGAACAGUGGCACCAGUGUCCACUCCCAGCUGCCGGCUGCCGCCCGUGGUGCCAUCCUGCUGUCCAGCCGAGUCUAUCACUCGUCCAGCCGGAUUAGCAGCACCCGCACCUCAGUCUCGCAUGCCACACUCUCCCACACACAUGCCCACGUGGUGCUGCCCGGCUAUGUAUUCAGCAGCUCAGACGUGGAGAGCCUGCCGCCAUCCAUCCCUGAGGAAAAUGAGGAGGAGGCCAAACGUGUGGAUGACAUCACACUCAGAGAGACUGGCAAUGACAUCACACUGAGAGAAAGUGAGGAGGAUGCCUUUGGAGACACUGCCAAGCCUGCUGAUGACCUCACACUCGGAGCAGAUGCAGGGCACAUGAACACUGCAGCGUUCAGAGAGAACAGGAAACUUGAUGUCACUUUCAGAGAAAAUGCAACUGACGUCAAACCAAAGGACUCUGUGGCCGUGAGGUACAGCUGUCUUGAUCAAGAGGAGGAAGAAGAGGAGCUGUAGGACAAAUCCUGAAGAUGUCGCAACAUCCGCACAAAACCUAAUUCUUCAUAAACUGUCUGAUGUUUUUUUUUUUCUUUUUUUUCACCGCAGUGUUAGUUUGAAAAGAAAAACAUACACUUCAUUAAGCACACACCCUUGUAUCUACACACAUUGACCAUUUUAUCAGCUCCACUACCAUAUAGGACUUUGUCUUUGUCUGUUCUUCAGUGGUCAGGACCACCACAAAGUGGAUCACAGCAUGGUCAGGCAUGGUUAUCUUUCCCGUUCCAUUUCUCUACUGCAGUGUGUAGUCUUUAUUUUACAAAGUAGUCAUUCUUUCAAGAAAUUACAGCACAGAUGACCUGUCCAUUACAGUGUGUCUGAGAGGGUCUCAGAGUUUCAGUCUAGGAGGUCUCAAAUAUGCAGUACCAUGCAAAAGUUUUAGGUACCUAAGAACAUUAGAUUAAAAAGCUGUUUAUCUGAGCCAGUAUUUAUAAUCUAGAAUUAAUGAUAUAGGAUCUAUUCCUGUCCCUAAAGUCAUAGUAAAUUAUAGAUGAAUCUGAUCCUACAUCAACACUGCUACUUUGAGAAGCUCUGUGAGUGCAAGUCCUGGUAACAAAGCAUUUAAAACACUAAUUUGAGAAUAAGUACAAAUGGCACAAUAAGUAGUGAGGAGAGUUUUUGAGAAAGCACAGUUCAUAAUCUGACAACUGCAGGAAAUCAGACUUUGCCAAUGUGUUUGGAUGCACUUAGGUAAUGAGAUGAUGGAGAAGCUCAGGGUCUAAAUGAGUCAGGCAGUAAUUGGAUUUCUGCUGUGUAACCAGCCAAUAAACUCACAGCGACAUAAACAUAACAAAUUCAAAUGCCAUUUCUUUAAAUACUUUUCUUUAAAGUCACUGCACCAGAAAAUAGGAAUAUACACCAUUUAAAAGAUGUUUUGUUGCCAUCUCAUGAGUGUGCAGUGCUCUGUUUUCGCACUUUCACAGACUAAGAAAAAUGGGGAAAAAAAAUCUGAAUAAGGGUCUGAUUGCACUGAAAAAGCAGAUUACUGAGCUAAAAUUCAGCUCUUUUUUUCAGGUUUCUAGAAAUGUAGUAACGGGCUUGAUCCAGCUCAAGAAAUCUCUAUGCUAUUUACAUGACUGCUUGAAUAAUUAGAUAACUGCCAAAAUCCAAUAAUGAUCAUAUUGUUGGUGUGCAUGUAUAUGCAUGCAAUACUUGGUAACACUUUAUUUGAAGGCUACCUACAUAAGGGCUUU